AUGUCAGGCCGUCAAGGAUACGAUGUCGUCGUCGACGUCGACGCUGAGGGAGACUUGGGCCAUACCGACCUAAACGACGACCUCGAAUUCCACAAUAGCACCUUCGACACCAACCCCACCCGCGGCGGCCCCAAAGUCGCCCCCGACCAACCCUCCACCUUCGGCGCACCCCCCUCCUCCUCCUCCAAACGCUACCUCUGGUCCAUAACCUUCUACCAACAAUUCUUCGCCCUCGACUCCGCUGCCCUGCUGCUCCGCUGCCGCAGCGCCCUCUACCCGCGUGCCAACUUCCUCGACGUUCUCGACGGCAACCCCGACCUCUAUGGCCCCUUCUGGAUCGCGACCACCGUGAUCGUGAUCUUGUUCAUGACGGGCACGAUCAGUCAAUAUCUCGCUGAGACGGGGAAGGGACACUUCGCGUAUGAUUUCAGGCUGCUGAGUGGCGCGGCUGGGUUGGUGUAUGGGUAUACGCUGUUCAUCCCGCUGGGGCUGUGGGGGGUGUUGAGGUGGUUUGGGAGCGAGGGGGCGAAUUUGUUGGAGUGCUGGGCGUUGUAUGGGUAUGGGAAUUUGAUCUGGAUUCCCGUGGCGUUGGUCAGUUGGAGUCCGUUGACUGCGCUAAACUACGCCUUCGUGGCCGUGGGCUUUGGUCUUUCGGCGACGUUCUUGAUCAGGAAUCUCUACCCCAUCAUUUCCGCAACAGACGCCAAGAUCUCACGCAUCCUGCUCAUCGUUGUGCUGGUGCUUCAUGCGGGUCUGGCGAUUGCCAUCAAGAUCUUGUUCUUCGCGCACGGCAGUCCGGCAGCAAAGGAUGGCACCCAGCUUCCUGAUCCCAUUGGCGAUGGGAACAAGGAUGCAGGGAGUGUGGUGCGGAUGUUGCUGCGAGUGUGA